UCUGGUGUAUGUUGCACUCGUUGUAACGGAAGGAUUGUUGUAAAGACAUAACAUCCGCUCUCAAAUAUGCUCUAAAUGCUGCACACGUCUGCAGUCUGCAUCAGUUGAAUUUGAUUGCAUGCAGAGGAUUUGUCUUGAUCACAAUGCGCAGAAGUGGAUCUGAUGAGAAACCGUGUGCUUCCAAUAGAACAUGUUGGCUGAUUACAUUGUUAACAGCUUCGGUGAUCACAAAUUUUAUAUUCAGUGCAGUUGGUUUUCUGUUAGUAAGAAAUCUGCACGAUGCUGUUGUGGAUCUUCAAGAUCAGCAGUCAGUAGCAAGUGAGAUGAAGGAACGCAUGAGUGACGUGUUAUCAGUGUUUGCAACAACAGAUAGAGAGAAGAGAUCAGUAUUGUCUUCCACUUCAUCGUCUCGACUAGCAGUUGAUGUUGGGUCAAUGUUUAUAGCAGCAAUCAAAGGCAUGUGCAGACCAGAAGGUGGUGUUUGCAUUUCGGGAUCAAAAGGAGAAGCUGGACAACCAGGCAGAGAUGGGUUGCCAGGAAGAGAUGGUUUACCAGGUAGAGAUGGUUUACCUGGUGCUGCUACUGGUCAUGUGGGUUUACGUGGUCCCCCUGGUAAGCCCGGAGCUAAGGGAACGGGAUUGCCUGGAAAGCAAGGUCCAAUAGGGAUACCCGGUGGGAAGGGAGAGAAAGGGAUGCACGGGGCUAAAGGGAUUCAAGGAGAAAAGGGAGAGCGAGGGGGUAAGGGUGAAAGAGGAUAUGCUGGUCAAAAGGGACAGAAAGGAGAGAAAGGGAAGGUACAAGAAGUUAUACCAAGUCACUGUAACCAAGGAAACCAUCGAGUCUUAAAUGAUACUUGGAGGAAAACUUCAUCUAGUAUUUUUUACCUAGACCAUCAUAAGGAUAGAGAAGGGUAUGGCUUUCAACCAGGAUGGCAUGUAUUUGCUGCUAGUAUUGGGGGACAAAUGCCCGAGACUUGCCCACCAAGGCGUCGUUGUGGAACAGGUGCACCAGGAUGGCUAAACGGAACUCACCCAACUGCAAUUGGACAGACCAGUAACGAAACAGUUUGUUUCAACUGGGAUGACUGUUGUAAAUGGCAGGUGACUGUUGAAAUCACCAACUGUGGAGGAUUUUACGUGUACAACUUGCCUAAUGUACCAUGUGACGACUGUAACUUAGCUUACUGUGGCAACGCUGAAUGACACUGGCAGUUAAAAAGUUCUACAACUAGCUGAGUAUGUUACUAUGUAGUGCUCAUGGUUUAAAGAUACUUUGUAAUCAUACAGUUGCAUGUGCAGUUCUCACG